AUGGUGAGUUGCCUCAGGUUCACCAAGUGGAUCACACACCUUAUACGCGUCCUCAUCUUGAUCCUGGGCACAGCGGCGCUGCUGAAGAGUCGACGGGCAGGCUCGGACGUCUUCCAAUCUGGCGACUUCGUCUUCCAGCUGAAAGUCUUCGCUAGCUGCGGCAAGUACCUGGAGAAGGUCAUCUCCUCGCUGAUCAAGAUGUUCUCGGCGAGUGUAGGGCUGCAGCAGUUCGCAACUUUGGUGAACCUCCCCGAGAAGUCCGCCGUAAAGUCCAGCGAGUCGCAUGUUGUCCAUGCUCAUGGGUCCAACGAGAUUCGGUUUGUGAAGGACGAUUCUGCUG